UGUCUGCAUCCGUGGCCGCUGUGUGGGUUGUUUAUUAUUCUCUUCCUCACUACGCUCGCAUACGGCAUACCCUUCUGCAGCUCCAGGACAAACAACCCACCAAGCUCUGUCCUCUCGCGGCCCUCCCUUUCAGAUCUCACAGCUUUCGUUAAUUCCAGCAGACAUGCAUACAUAUGGCUUCUUGUAGUGGUACUUUUCUCAACAGCUUAGCUCACACCUCUCUCUCUCUCUCUCUCUCUCUCCCUCUCUCUCUCUCUCUCUCUCUCUCCCUCUCUCUCUGUGCCUCUGUUUGUUUGGUAGCUUGCUCUUCUUAAAUGAGUUUGUAUUUUAAGUAACCAAAUCUCUCUACUCCUUCAUAUCUUUGUCCCCUUUUACGUAUUUCCAUCUCUCUCUCUCUCUCUCUCUCCCUCUCUCUCUCUUAUGGAUUCUGGUAAUAGUGGGAGUUUGCAAUCCUCCAGCGGCGGCGAUGACGAGUACGACUCGCGCGCCGAGUCAAUCUCCGCCUUGCUCAGUAACCCACCGAGUCAACUCGGUCCCAUGUCUAACCCACCACCACAUCACCACCACCACAUGGACCCUUUGUCAAACAUGUUCGAUCCGUUAUCAUCCAGGCUCACCAACCCAAACCCACUCCUCAAUUUCGACAUGAUGUGGCCCAAAACCCUAAGAUCCGACCCCAAUCCCAUCGAUCUCGGCGGCCUCAGCCAACCCUUUUUGACCAAUCCCAGUAUCAACCAAUUAGGACAAAACAGAGGCGGCGCCGCCGCCGGCGGAGGAGGAGGCGGGUCGUCUACAUUUGCGGCGCUUCAGAUCCCACAUGAUCAUCAAAACAUUUCGGCCUCUUCUUCGGCUCCCGACAACCAAACCCACAACAACAACAUGAAUAACAACAACGGCGUCGUUCGGAAUCCGAAGAAGAGGUCGAGAGCGUCGAGGCGAGCACCGACGACGGUCCUGACAACAGACACCACAAAUUUCAGAGCCAUGGUUCAGGAAUUUACAGGUAUCCCUGCUCCUCCAUUUUCUUCUUCCUCGCCUUUCCCAAGGAGCAGAUUGGACCUUUUUGGCAGUGCUGCGGCUGCCUCUUCAUUGAUGAGAUCAGCAGCAGCAGGAGGAGGAGGAGGAGGUGGUGGUUUGGGUUUGGACGCUCCUCCUUCAUACCUUUUGAGGCCUUUUGCUCAAAAAGUGACACACCAACCGCCAUCUUCAUUGCUUGAUCCCGUUAGUUCAACCUCCACAAAUCACAAUCUCCUCAAUCUGCACAACCAAAACCCUUCAUCAUCAUCUUCUUCACAAGUUCUCAAUUUCCAAUCCCUUUUUCAAUCCCAGCAACAAAAUCCUAAAUACCCAUUAAUUUCCAUUAAUUCACCACCUCAUCAUCAUCAAGCAGGCUCUUUGGGGGGCCCUCAUCAUCAACAUUUUGGCUUGACUCAACAGCAGCAGCAACAGCUUAAUGUUAAUGCGCUUUCCAACAACAAUAUCGUAUCCUCCUCGGACGCCGCGCUUUCCAGGCACGACAUUAGUAAUGGUCCAAGUUGGGGUACUGGCGUAACUGGGUCCAACAAGAACAUCGACAACAACAAUGUGGUUGAUCAUCAAAGACUAAUGAGUUCUAUCAAUGGAAAUUACGGCAAUGGGAAACUCAACUACUCGGCUACUGGUUCUUCGUCGAAUGUUGUGCUUCAUGGCGGUAAUGUGCCUCCAACAACAACUGCCGCUGCUACUACUACUACCGCCACUCGAAGCGAAGGUAUGGUGGAAUCAUGGAUUUGCUCCUCAGAUUAG